UUGUCAUCGAAGCACUAGAGACAAACAGCAUAUUCCCUACCCUUUUCACAGAUCACAGAUCCUUCUGCUCUCAGUUCUCUGUUCUCACAAAGACACAAUUAGCAUUCAUUCAAUUCUCUCUAAUUCAAGAAAUGGCGGAAGGAGUUCUGUUCGACGUUGCUAAGGAAAUCAUUGGGAUGGCGGGCAAGCUCGCACUGCAAGAGGUUGCGCUCAUCUGGGGUGUCAAAGACGAGAUCAAAAAACUCAAGGAGACAGUUUCCACAAUCAGUGCUGUGCUUUUGGAUGCAGAGGCGAAGAAACACAACAAUGAAGUCAAACUGUGGCUGCAAAGGCUUAAGGAGGCCAUGUUUGAUGCGGAUGACUUGCUGGAUGAAAUCUCCACUGAGGCCUUGCGACGGGAAGUGAUGACCCGGGACAAGAAGGCCAAAGAGGUACGCAUCUUCUUUUCCAAAACUAACCAGCUUGCAUAUGGUGUUAGAAUGGGCCAUAAGGUUAAGGAGAUGAGGGAGAGGCUAGUUGCUAUAGCUGCGGACAGGCAGUUUCCCUUGGAAGAACGUUGUGAGGAGAGGAAUGAGUCAAGACGGCAGACUCAUUACUUUGUAAGUGCUGAAGAUGUUAUUGGGAGGGAGAAGGAUAAGAAGGCCAUCAUUGGAUCUCUGUUGGAUCCCGAUGUUGAGGAGAAUGUUUCUGUCCUUCCGAUAGUUGGUAUCGGAGGACUAGGAAAGACCACAGUUGCUCAACUUGUCUUCAAUGAUAAAGAACUCAAAGACCAUUUUGAGCCAAAAGUGUGGGUGUGUGUCUCUGAGAAUUUUGAUGUGAAAAUAAUUGUUCAGAAAAUCUUGGAGUGUGUAAAAAAUGUGAAACCAGCAAAAGACCUUGAAAUGAACACAUUAGUCAAUGAUAUUCAUAAAGAAAUUAAUGGAAAAAGAUACUUGAUUGUGUUGGAUGAUGUGUGGAAUGAGGAUUGUGAAAAAUGGUUUAGCUUGAAAAAAAUUUUGAUGGGUGGUGCAAGAGGCAGUAGAAUAGUAAUGACUACACGUAGUCAAAAAGUGGCUAAGAUUUCACAACCUAGUCAACCACAUGUGUUACAGGGUUUAGAUGAACAACAUGCUUGGUCUUUAUUUAAGAAGAUGGCGUUUGAAGAGGGGGAAGAACCGAAGGAAGUAAGUUUUGUAAAUAUUGGGAAGGAUAUUUUAAAAAUGUGUGUAGGGGUUCCGCUUGCAAUUAGAACCAUAGGAGGUUUAUUGUACUUUAAAAAAUCUGAAAGAGAGUGGUUAUCAUUCAAAGACAAUGAACUUUCGAAAAUACCUCAGAAUGAAAAUGACAUUUUACCAACACUAAAGUUGAGUUACGAUUAUCUCCCAUCACACUUGAAGCAUUGCUUUGCUUAUUGUAGUCUAUUUCCAAAGGAUUAUAAGAUUAAAAAGGAAAGUUUGAUUUAUAUGUGGAUGGCACAAGGAUUCAUUAAAUUGUAUAACGAAAAGCAAUGUCUAGAAGAUGUUGGGCAUGAGUAUUUUAUGGAUUUGCUUUGGAGAUCAUUCUUUCAAGAUGUUAAAGAAGAUGAACUUGGCAAUAUAUCAACAUUCAAAAUGCAUGAUCUCAUGCAUGAUAUGGCAAUACAAGUAAUAGGAUCAGAGAGCACCACCAUUUAUUCAAAAGAGAAAGACAUUGACAAUAAAAAUCGUCAUGUGUCUUUUGUAGAUACGUUGAACUCAUCAUCAGAAAUUCCCAUCUCAUUAUAUAAAGCAAGAAGGAUAAGAACAUUUCUUUGGCCAUGUGAAACAACGUAUUGGGACUGUUCAACUUUCAGUGAAAUUAUUGCAAGUUUUAAGUUCAUACGCUUGUUGGAUUUGCAUAAAAUGGGGAUUAAAACAAUUCCAAGUUCUAUCAAAAAGUUGAAGCAUCUAAGAUAUCUUGAUCUUUCUAGGAAUGAAGACAUUGAGAUGCUUCCUAAUUCUAUUGUCAAGUUGUACAAUUUGCAAACACUUAAACUCUCUCGGUGUUCUAAACUUAAAGAAUUGCCAAGAGAUAUUAACAAAUUAGUCAACCUCAGGUUUCUUGAGAUUGAUGGGUGUUUUGGUUUGACUCAUAUGCCAAAUGGACUGGGCCAAUUGACUAAUCUACAAACAUUGUCAAGAUUUGUGAUGAGUAAAGGUAGGAUUGAUUCAGUGCCUAAGAGUAACGGUGGAUUGAAGGAUCUUGAGAGGCUAAAUGAGCUAAGAGGAAAUCUGUCAAUUGAAAAUCUCAAACAAAUAAAAGAUGCCACAUUAGAGUAUAAGGCUGCAAAUUUGAAAGAGAAACAAAGGCUUGAUAGGUUGGACUUAAAUUGGGUAGAAGAAGACACUGAUGAGACGGGUGUUGUUUGUGACAUGUCAGUAGUGGAAGCCUUGCAACCGCAUAUAAAUCUCAAAGCAUUGAGAUUAAUUAGGUACGGGGGAGUGAUAUUUCCACAUUGGCUUGUGACGCUCACAAAUCUUGUCCGAUAUGAAUUAUAUUCUUGUAAUAAAUGCGAGUAUCUUCCACCGUUGGACCAAUUGCCUUCUCUCAAAUUUAUUUAUUUGGACAGAUUGGAUUGUUUAGAGCACAUAUCAGAUUCAGAGAGAGAUUACAGUGAUUCUUUAUUCUACCCAUCUUUGAAGAAACUCGAUAUUUUGAAUUGCCCUAAUUUAAAGGGAUGGUGGCGGGGAAGGAGGGAUUCUCUUCCUUCAUUUCCUCUUCUUUCUGAUUUAGACAUUAGGGGUUGCCCUCAGCUGACUUCCUUUCCUUUGUUUCCAUAUCUCGAAAGAUUGAACCUAUGGCAUUGUAGCUUGAAGCAGUCAUUAGAGAGGAUGAUGAUAAACAACAAGACUUCUUCAGGGAAUCUACCAUCAAUUGCUUCUUCUUCUUCUUCUACAAUUGUUGCCCCUCUCUCCAAAUUAAGUUACAUGCAAAUAGAAGAAGCUUUGCCGGAGGAGUGCCUACCAAAUCUCAUUUCUCUCCGUACUCUAAUUCUAGACAACUGUCCUCUUCCUCAAGGCAUGCGAUAUCUUACGGCACUUCAAGAUCUGAAUGUUUGGAAGUCUGAGGUGGUUGAUUUAUCCAAUGAUUGGGAUGAGAUGGAAUGGCAAGGACUUACGACCCUUCUCUCUUUGGAAUUCUAUAAUCUUCCGAAGUUGGUCUCUCUCCCAACAGGGCUUCAAUAUGUCAGCUCUCUACAAAAACUCCAAAUUUGGAAUUGCCCUAGUUUGAUAGCUAUACCUGAGUGGAUCUGCAAACUUAUAUCUCUUCAAUUACUUGUAAUUUGGGAGUGCCCAAAUUUGGAAUCAUUGCCAGAAGGAAUCGGUGCCCUUACCUCUUUGCAAGCACUACAAAUUUGGGAUUGCCCUAAAUUGGAAUCAUUGCCAGAAGGAAUCGGUGCCCUUACCUCUUUGCAAAUAUUAGAAAUUGGAGAAUGUCCCAUCUUACUGAAAAGAUGCGAGAAGCAAAUCGGGGAAGAUUGGCAUAAAAUUUCUCACAUUCCCAAUUUGAAAUGUUAAAGAAGAGCCAGAUGAAGAAGAACCAAACGAAGAAGCAAAGAAACCUGCUUGUCAGAAUUGGGACUUAAUUAAAGCUUUUGGGUGCUGCAGUUGUUCAACAACACAACAACUCACUCACUGAGUCAAUAUUACUAGGAGAAUUGAACUAGGCAACCGUGCCAUAGGAUUCAGCUCAUUGUACAGGCUUUUAUCAUGUACAUUUAUAUAGCUAGCUUUCAACAACAAUCUGUGGCUUUCUCAAGUGAUUUAUCAAUGUAGCACAAGACAAAAAGUAGAGAAUAAAUAUAGGGCCCCAUGUGUAAGUGAUGUAGUGCUUUUGAUCUCAAAGUACAUUGAGAUACAGAGAUGAUUGCUUUCAUACAGUUUGCAUAUAGCCUCAAGACUCCUAUGAAAGGAGGAAAUAGGUCACUAGUGCAUUAAGCUGCUCACAUCCCAGAGAUUGAAAUUUACUUUGGAAGGAUUUAGCUCCAGUGUGUAUACAGGUUUCUCAUAUCCCUCCAAAUUUCUCAAGUACUUUUUUUUUUAUCAGUAUAUAAGUUGAUGACUUUAUCAUUUAUUGGGCUCUAUAUGCAAAAACUUGAGAAAUGAAUACUAAAGCAGGCAAGAAUUUAAAAGUGCAUGUUUUUUUCCAAACUCGACUAUGCGAAGUUUACACAGAAACAAGGAGAAAAUAAUGUAUGAUAGGCAACAUCAACAGCAAAGUGUUAUUCCCAAGUUUUGAGGUUACCAUGGAUGAAAGCUAUAGCUCGGUGUUACCACUCAAAGUAUUACCUACUUUUAAGGAUAGCUUAAUUUCAUGGUGAAUGAUUUUUGGACUUCUCAACCGGUAAGACUUCGUUGAACAAGGGUUGCUUGGAGAGUUCCGUUACAUUAUAAAGAAGGCAUUUCUUUCAUCUUUGGAUUAAUUUCUUAAGGUUACUUAGCAUAUCAUGAAGUUAUAUUAGAGAUAUGGCACCUGUGAAAUAUCACAUGAAUCUAACACCUUGUUGAAAUUUUUUGUUAAGUGCUCUGUCUGAUAGGUUCAGGCUUGCUGGUUUAUUUGUAUUGCUGUUGUAACGUGUCAUUCUUUUGUUGUCCUGAGUUGUAACUUGUAAUUGUCUUAGUGCUCUGUCUGCUGCUUCAGACUUGCUGUUGUAUUUGAGUUGCUGGUUUUUGGCUUGGUUUGAAUGAAUUUUCUGCCUGAUUAUCCAAUAAUAAAAUAAAAUAAAAUCUAGCACCUUUUAUUCUCAAGAACAGGAGUUCCUAACUUUUCUAAUGGCUUUUAAAUUGAAUCUGGGACAAAUAGGACCCUUUUACUUCAUUUUUUAUAAAUAAUUUCCAAUUAUGUUUACUUAUCA